AUGCUUAGAUUCAUAGCAAGAAAUCUCAAUAAUGUUUAUAAAUUUUCCGAAUUGUAAAAGUUCGGAGCCUCUUUUCUUGGUUCUGGAAACGCUGAGUAUUUGGAAAAUCUAUUUGAUUAAUGGUAUUUGGACAAUAAAUCAGUCCCUGCCACUUGGGAUGCAUAUUUCAGACAAGUUCUGGAAACGAAUAAUUUUGAUUUCACUCCUGAACCUUAGAAGGGUUAAGCAGUUUCAGCUAGAUUGGAUGGGUAAUCGGGAUUAAGGAAAUUACUGAGUGAUCACUUUAGAGUGUUGUUGCUAAUAAACAAAUACAGACAUAGAGGACAUGAGAAGUCAUAGGUGGAUCCAUUGGAUUUAGAGCACAUUUAGUAAAUAGGCAAGGUGAAAGGAUAUACUAAAUUGGAUUAUCGUGAAUUUUUCGCAGAAGAGGAUUUGGACAGAGAAUUUUAUAUACACGCUGUAGGAAGCACAGGAAUAACAAAGGACAAAUAAAUGAUGAAACUGAGAGACCUAAUAAAUUAUUUAGAAAAGGCCUAUUGCGGAAAAAUAUCAUAUGAGUAUAUGCACAUUCAAUCAAACGAGGAAAGAGAUUGGUUUAGACAUCAAAUAGAGAAAUAUGAUGAAUUUAUGCCGAGUAAAGAGUAGAAAUUGAAGACUUUUGAGAGAUUAGGGUAGGAGCAUGCAUUUAGUACAUUUUUGUAGAAGAAAUUCAAUACAUCAAAGAGAUUUGGAAUAGAAGGAUGUGAUUCUAUGAUUUCUGGGUUGUAAUCUUUGAUAGAUGAAGCAGCAAGUGCAGGGGCAGAACAUGUAGUAUUUGGAAUGGCACAUAGAGGAAGAUUAAAUACUCUUUACAAUGUGUUUUAGAAAUCAGCAGAAGAAAUCAUGGUUGAAUUCUAGGAUUUGAAGAGUACAUUUAAUGAAGAUAUUUGGGGUAAUUCUGGAGAUGUGAAAUAUCAUUUGGGUUCAGUUCAUAAUGUGCUAUUUGGAGAUAAGAAAUUAAGAUUGGAAAUGUUGCCUAAUCCAUCUCAUUUAGAAACUGUGGAUCCUUGUGUUUAUGGAAAGGUCAGGGCUAUCUAGGAUUAUUUCUAAGAUUCAAAGAGAGAAAAGGCUUUUGGAGUAUUGAUUCAUGGAGAUGCUGCCGUUUCAGGUUAAGGAAUAGUUUAUGAAGCAUUACAAAUGGCAGAUUUAGAAGGUUAUAAGUCUGGUGGUAUCAUACAUGUGGUAUCCAACAAUUAAAUUGGAUUCACUACUGUUCCUAAGGACAGCAGAUCUGGAUUGUAUUGCACAGAUAUUGCUCAUGCUAUUUAAGCACCAGUCAUUCAUGUCAAUGCUGAUGAACCUGAACUAGUUGACAAAGUGUUUAAGAUUGCGACUGAAUACAGAUACAAAUUUAAGAGAGACAUUUUUAUUGAUUUAGUUGGAUAUAGAAGAUAUGGACAUAAUGAGUAAGAUCAGCCUAAAUUCACUUAACCUAUUAUGUAUGAGAAGAUUGACAAGACUCCUCCUGUUUUUAUUAAAUAUAGUGACAAAUUGAUUGCUCAAGGUAUCGUGACCAAAGAACAAGUGGACACUUUGAUGAAGACUCAUGAAGACAAUCUUGAACUGGCUUAUCAGAAAUCUAGAAAAAUGGAUUACAAUCUCAAGGAUUGGCAACCAGUGCCAUGGGAAAUGAUCAAGGUUCCAGUCCUUUGGGGAAGAAUCAAAGAUACCGGUGUUCCUUUGAAUGUGUUAAAAACAUUAGGGGAAAAAAUCAAUAAGAUACCUAAUGAAUUCCAUGCUCAUCCUUAGAUCAGAAAAUUUUAUGAAGAGAGAUUGUCAUGGAUUCAAAAAGAUCAACCUAUUGAUUUUGCUACUGCUGAAGCUUUGGCAUUUGGAACUCUUCUUCAUGAGGGAUUCAAUCUAAGACUGUCCGGAGAGGAUGUUUAAAGGGCAACUUUCUCUCACAGACAUGCCGUUAUACAUGAUUAAAAGGAUCCUAACGGUUAAGAUUAUGUCCCAUUGCAUAAUGCUAUUCCCAAGGGAUAAGAACAAAGACUCAGUAUUUACAAUUCUCAUUUAUCUGAAUAUGGAGUUCUUGGGUUCGAUUAUGGUUACUCUAUCACAAAUCCAAAUACGUUAGUGUUGUGGGAGGCAUAAUUUGGUGAUUUUGCAAAUGGAGCAUAAAUUAUUAUUGAUAAUUAUAUAGCAAGUGCAGAAUCCAAAUGGGAUGUCGAUAGUGGAUUGGUUAUGUUGUUACCAAAUGGUAUGGAUGGACAAGGUCCAGAACAUAGUUCAGGGAGAGUUGAAAGAUUUUUGUAGUUGAGUGAUGAUGACCCUGCCGUUUUUGAAAAAAAUCUCGGAGUCAGAUUAACUAGAUAGAUGAGAAAUUCAAAUAUGCAAAUUGUGUAAUGCACUACUCCUGCCAAUUACUUCCAUGCUCUCAGAAGACAAUUAAGAAGAGAUUUCAGAAAACCUUUGAUUGCCAUGACGUCCAAAAGACUUUUAAGAUUGCAAGCAGCCAAAUCUAAACUUACUGAACUUACUACUCAAUUCAAUCAAGUUUAUGAUGAAGCUCUUCCUGAAUUCCUUGUUCAACCCAAUUAAGUCAAAAGAGUUAUAUUAUGCUCAGGAUAAAUUUAUUAUGAUUUACUCAAAAAAAGAGAAGACCUCAAACAAAAUAAUGUUGCUAUUCUCAGAAUUGAACAGUUGGCUCCAUUCCCUUAUGAGUUCUUAUAAAAAAUCAUUGGCAAAUACAAUCAAGCAGAAUUCGUCUGGGUCUAAGAAGAACAUAUGAAUUAUGGUCCUUGGGCAUUUGUCAGACCAAGAAUCUAAAGUGUACUAGCCAAGACUACAAAUAUUUCUAAUUCACCUAUCCAGUAUAUUGGCAGAAGACCAAGUGGAUCACCAGCUACUGGUUUUCAUUAAUUGCAUGAUAAGGAAAUCUAGACCCUUUUAUAGAAGGCCUUUGAAAUUUGAUCAAUUAUGUUAUUAUUCAAUUCUUGUAUUUUAUUUU